GGAGCAUAGAAGAGUAAUUCGGCCAGUAUGAAUUCGGAACGCAUAUAUGGGACGGAAAUAUGCAGCCGGUGUCUUACUGAAGCCAAAUAACAAAGAAGUUCGAUGCCAAGUGAGAGACAGCUGUUGAUACUUAAGCAUCCGAUAGUCUAGCUCUCCUCUCAAGCAGAUCACAGCUUGAAAGUCUUGGCAAAAAUCAUCCCAGAUCCCACCCAUACUGUAUCCCUAGCACUAUUAUGGCCUUGUCAAACCAAAACUAUGCCAGGGUUGAUUUUGAUUUCGAUUCGAUCCUAAGCGAAAGGUUUCCGCAGGGGAAUUUAUCAGCACCUUUCGACGUUUUAUCAUCCCUGGUAAGUUCUGUCUCUUCUUAUGAUUGGCUACUCGUAUGCAAGAUCACUGAUCAAAUACUUUAAAAGGACUAUACUUCAUUCCUCUUCUCUCCUGACGGAAUUUCUAAAAGUUUACCAAUAUCAUUUCCCAAGUCCGAGUUCAAAAACUCGCCACCCAAGAUGCAAAUUCAGGAUAACUCGGAAUCCAAUCUCUGGUGGAGCAACGAAGACCAACCCGACAUCAUGUACCCCGGGCUCGAAAUUGAAUCGACAGGGUUCGAAUUUGGGAAUACAUCGGCGCUGGAUUCCCCUCUUCCUGAUCACGACUCUUGGUCUACACUUUCAUCGCCGUCAUCAACAGCUUCACAUCUUCCAAAAUCCUCGACGCCGGAAAAAUCUACACCAGUCAAUUAUUCAUACCUCGGGAAGUCAACUACUCCGCUCAGCUCUCAAAAACCCAAAGCAACGAAGAUCGAGAAACUAGAGGUAAGAUAUUUAUUUUACUUGCAAGAACACUGGUCUUUAUUCCUGGGGAUAUACGUGUUGGUGUAUUACAUCCAUGGUCUGGGAUGACUCAAGUCAUUGCUUCAGAAGACAUUUGCUGCUCUUGUAACCAAAAAUUCAAAGCCAUUUACUGACCGUAUUGCAGAAACGCAGAGAAAAGAAUCGCACCUCGCAACGAAGAUACCGGGAGAGGAAAGAAAAGUACAUUCAGGAUCUCGAGAAUCAGCUGCGAGAAGUUCAGAGGAGGUACGAAUUGCUACAGGCUCGCUUGGAUCCCAAGAUGGCGGAGGUCUUGCCCACCAAAGGCGUCCAACCCUGUGAAGAGAGCACGGAAUGGCAGUGGCCAGAAAUCAGACCUGAUGAUAAGCGGAAGGAUAUGGAAUUCAAUUAAAGAGAUGAGGGGUUGGUUUCGCUUUUCACAAGGCUGAAUGUGGCGUUGUUUGCAAUGAUUUAAGCGGGGGGUGGCGUUGUCUGUAGUUUAUGGAGGAGGCCAAUUGAAAUCAACCGUGAAAAGGAUCGGAAGAUCCUAAUAUACUGCACAUAAUCUGCGUUCUUAUUUUAUAUUAGAUCCAAUUGGAACAUGAGCAAGCGAAAAUGUGGCG